AGCAGAACACAGUCAUCAUCAGAGUGAGCCUGAGGUAACGGGGUGAGGAGAAGGAGGGCUCACAUGCCACACGCCGGAUCACACACCCGUGUCAGCGGCAGUCACAUGACAGCCCCCGGCCUCCCCCCUCCCUCCUCGGCUCCCAGGCUGCGGCCAGCCCCGUCCCCUCACUCGCAGCAGCAGCAGCGGCGUGUGACAGCAGCCGUGAUUGCGGCGGGAUGCGGGACGCCAUGGUAGCGGCGGGGGGCACCGGGCUGCAGCGGCUGGCGGACUACCUGCAGGACCCAGAGAAGGUGGCCCGCUUCCAGCGGCUGUGCGGGGUGCAACAGAGCUCCCCCGGCUGUAGCACCGCGUACCCGGCCGAGGAGGAGGCUGCUGGCGGGGACGGAGCCAGGCGCCGCACUAAGCUUCACCCCAACGGGCUGGAGAACGGGGCAGCCCCCGCCGGUGAGGAAGAGAAGAAGCGGCCGCGGCGCCGGAACUCUCUGACCGGGGAGGUGGGCCAGCAGUUCGUCAUCCGGAACCCGCUGCUCUAUUACCUCUUCAGCUUCGGCACCGAGCUGGGCAACGAGCUCUUCUACAUCUCCUUCUUCCCGUGCUGGAUCUGGAACGUGGAUGCCGCGGUGGGCCGGCGGCUGAUCGUCAUCUGGGUGUGGGUGAUGUACCUGGGCCAGUGCGCCAAGGACCUGAUCCGCUGGCCCCGGCCGCCCUGCCCGCCCGUGCUCAAGCUGGAGGUCUUCUACAACACGGAGUACGGCAUGCCCUCCACCCAUGCCAUGUCCGGCACCGCCAUCCCCCUCUCCCUCCUGCUGCUCACAUGGGGCCGAUGGCAGUAUCCAUUCAUUUAUGGGCUGUUGCUCGCUGUGGGUUGGUGCUCCUUGGUGUGCCUUAGUCGUGUUUAUAUGGGAAUGCAUUCCAUUUUGGAUGUUCUAGUUGGUGUCCUCUAUGCAAUCCUCAUUCUAAUAGUCUUCCAUCCGGCUCUUGAUGUCAUUGACAAUUUCAACCUGACUUACAAGUAUGCCCCUUUUAUCAUUAUCAGCCUGCACCUAGCGCUGGGGAUCUUCUCCUUCACACUUGACACAUGGAGCACCUCCCGCGGAGACACCGCUCAGAUUCUCGGCAGUGGAGCCGGAAUUGCCUGUGGGUCACAUGUUAGUCACUUACUGGGUCUCCUGAAGGAGCCGUCACUUGAUAUGCUGCCUUUCACUAUUCCUCCCUUCACUGUGCACCUUCUUGGGAAAGCCAUGCUGCGCGUUUUAAUUGGACUAGUCAUUUUAUUGCUGAUCAGAGCAGUCAUGAAGAUGAUUACUAUUCCUCUGGCUUGCAAGGUGUUCGGCAUUCCCUGCGAUGAUAUCAGAAAGGCAAGGCAGCGUAUGGAGGUGGAACUACCAUACCGGUAUCUUACCUAUGGCAUGGUUGGAUUUGCGGUCAUGUUUGUCGUCCCUUACGUAUUUUAUUGGGUGGGUCUCCUUUGAUGGUAAACACGUGGUCUAGAAGGACUGCUCAGAAAUGGUAUGGAGGUACUAGAGUGUUUCUGGAUAGAAAUAUCUUCUUGGGAGAUUUCGAUGUGGGGAGUUGGAAGCUCAGAGUGACUUGUGUUCCCCCCAUCCAUUCAUCAAGUGCUUCAGUAAGCAGAUUUCUUUUGGGCCAAGCAAGUAAUAAAAUGGUCCAUUUAUUUUUUAAUUCCAGCUUACAUUUUUUUUUUUUUUUUUUAAAUAUAUAUAUUUAGGUACUGCUUGAUAAUUGUGCCUUUAUUUUCCUGAAAUCACAAGUGCCGUGUAUACUGUGAUUUAAAGGCAAGCAUCCAGAACAUAUAGUUUGAACACGAAAAAUAUUUUUUACCGGGCGACGGUAAUGCCUGUUUAUAUAUGAAAUAUUACGCAGAUCUAUCUUGAGAGACGGCAAUAAUUUGGCAUGCUACUUUCUAUUGUAAUUUUUAAAAGGUAUUCUGUUUUUUUUUUUUUUUUGCCUAUGAAAGUUAUUGACCACUAUGUAUUUUAAUAAUUUUUACCUUUUUAUUUGUUGAGAAUUCCUUAUGUUCCAGUAACUAUGUAAUGAGAUGCUUUGUUGGCGUUUGCUUAUGUAGUAGCUUUGUGAUUCUACUAUUGUGUUGCUAAUUUAAAAUGUUGUACAGCACAAUUUGCAAAGCAUAAUAGUCCAGGUAGUGCUAUCCUUAGGCAGUGCUUUAUAUUGGCGGUUGUGUGGCCGGAGGUGAGCUGCCAUCACUGGGUGCAACACAUUAAUGGUACGUUAUCCUUACACUCAGUUGGCAUGAAAUACAUUGAAAGGAAGGUAGUGGUCUCCUGUUUUAAAUGACCCUGUUAUAAUGGAACCCAGAGCCUACACCAGUGAUGGCUAACCUUGACACUCCAGCUGUUGUUUAAUUACACAUACCAGCAUGCCUUGCUACAGUUUUGCUAUUUGGCCAUGCUAAAAACUGUUGCAGGGCAUGCUGGGAUGUGUAGUUCAGCAACAGCUGUAUGGGUCGCCGGUUCCCCACCCUUGGCCUACACAAUGGGCUGCAGCAAUAUUUUUAAGACCACAAAGGGGACCGGUCUGCGCUUGAAUUGAAUGAGAAGUAAUAGUAAUGUAUGAUAUAUCAACAAAAAAAGUCAGUGGAGUCGCACUGCACCACCUAUAUGGUCAGUUUACACACGUGAUCGUCCGUACAAAAGUAUGCAUGUAAAAUGAAUGCACAAUACGGAACAUGCAAUAAACUAAACAGAUAUGCAUAUAUAAUCCGUAUAGACAUGUUGCAACCAUGCAGCAGCGGGAAGGUUUGUACCGGGUCUAUAUUAUCUGCAUACCUGCAUCAUUCAGUAUAAGCUCAGACCCACCCCCUUUGUGUGUGUAUCAGUACAUACCGCUUUGGGUAACACUAGGGUCUCCAAUCUCCACUGCAGGAUAGCGCUCUGUCUCCUCCCCUUAUAUGUUUAAUAUUCUUAAGAAGGUGACUGAUAAAUUCACAGGAGACUAGCAGUAUCACGGACACAUGACAAUAUGGCAGUCACAUGAUCUGUAUGUGUCACAUGAUCUGUAUGAAUAGCUGCAUUCUCAGGAUACAGCCUGCCUCCACUGUGGUUUAGGCAAUGGGUAAACUUUUGGUUUACAUUUAAUCUUCUCGGUGUGUUGCGAUACCCGUUUUGCCUCAUCACGGAAUCCUACAGCAUGAGUGAUUCUGCAGUUAUUAAUAAGAUAUCUCAUCUUUGAGUUGCACCUGUAUAGUUUUGACUAGACCCUUUUUAUACAUGUUAUAUUUUAAUGAUUGUGUAUAGGGCUUUUAAGAUUACAUGGGAAUGUACUAAGCACAUGUAUGUCGUUAGCAAUUGCAUACCUUUCAUAAUGUUUAAUAAGCAUUUAUAGACCUCACUAGUUUCUAGCAAUCUGCCAUAUUUGCAUUUCUUGAGGCGUUCCAAAAAAAGAGCCUAUUUAUUCUACUAUAGGAACUUUGUAAAUUCAAAGUGUUAACGCGCUAAUUCCCUAAAUUAUUUAAUGUCACAUGUAAGUUGUAUUUGUUAUCAUCGAAUUGUUUUGGCAGUCUAAGAAUUUAACAUUUAUGUUAAAGUUUAAAAAUGUAUGUACGAUACGGUUAUAUUACACGCACUGAUCUGCUAGAUCUUCAGCAGAAAAUAUCAAGAAUAUGUUUUAUAUGGGAGAUUAUACAGUGUACAUACAAAACAAUGACAUUUCAGGGCAUUAAUUAAUAUGAAUGUUUGCUACAAAUGACUAGAUAUUCAUUAAGUUAUGAAUGUUUCGCAUUGCGACAUGUUUGCAAAAGUUUUUCAUUGUGAAGAAUAUUUACACCAAAAGUGAAACCGGUAGUUUUGGGUGGAGUUCGUUGAUGAUAAAUGAAGUUCUACUGCCGUGGAUGCCCUGUUUACUGCCAGAGGCCCCAAUGGAUGGGCAUUGCCACCACUUGGACUGUUUGUAUGGGAGAGAGAGGAGCAGCGUGGGACUGUUGCAGCCAUUGGGGGAUCUGGUUAAUGGAGCAUCAACGCUUAGAACAGUUUUUUUAUACAUGCUAUCACGUUGAAAUUCAUCAUAAACAGCAUUUUUUAGUUUUGGCACAAGUUGUUCUUUAAUGUAUUGUAGUAUACACACUUCUUUCUGAAUGGGUGCACUGAAUCCCUUGUAUGGAUUCCACAAAUGCACCCCAGAUAGACUCUGCUGCCAUGAGAUCUUGUACUCAUGGCAGUUUAUUGGCCUUCAGGGCUAAUACACCAUUAACAUUUUUAUCUAAUCUAUAUCCCACAUCCGAAUGUCCCAAUUAAAAGUGUGGGUGUCCAAUGUCGGUGACAAUCUGCACUUGGGAGAACAUCACUGCCGCUACUCCCAGCAUUUACAGCAUUCUGUUAUUAGCCGUGCAUGGGUGCUGCUUGGCCAGAGCCCCUCCUUACCCCUUCUCCAGUGUUAUAGCUCCCCCACAGCUCCACAUUGUAAUGUGCAAUUCAGGAUACAAUGGUACUGGAGGAAAUAAAUGUUUUUGUUAUUUCUCAAAUGCAAUUCGAUAGCAUGGCAAUUAGAAAUGGUGCAAGUACUGUUGCUUGUCACACACUUUAAUCUCUGCUCUCUGUACAUUUCACCUGUUAAACCUAUAGAACGCUGGUAGUUGUCCAUUAAAUCUUCAACCCAAUCUCUCUUCCAGACACAGUGGAGAUUUAAAUAAUUACUAUGAACGAGUUGUUGGGACAGUGACCGAAGUCCAAACAGUAUGUUUAACUAUUUUUUUAUUUAGUGCUGGAUUUAUUUAGCUGCGCAAGCAAAAGUGUGUGUAGCCUCAGAUCUUUUAGGCCCAGAGCUAUUCAAUUAGUUACUUAUUUUUCCUUGUGCAGUAAAUUCGCAUCUAACAAGUGUUAACCCAUAGAUUCCCGUAUUAGUGCCUGGAGCUAUGGGUUAUUGCGUUUGCGGAACUUGCAAUAAGGGCAGAAAGCCCUACUUGCCGCAUAUUUCUGUUCAAGGAGCUGAGAGGCCUUUUCAAACGGCCCUAAAAUUAUAUGGGAAGCUUUUGCCUACACUCCAACCUUUUUGUAAGAAGCACGGUCGCUCACCAUUAAAUCCUAACAUUCCUCCUUUACAAAUGAAAGCCAUCUCUUUAAAUUUUAACACUUGAGUCAGAAAUUAGUUCUGUGAAUUUUUUCAGAAAUUUUUCAUUUACGCGACCAAGAUUCCUGGCACCCAUGUGACUUAGAUAACACAGCUGGCACAUACAGGAGUAAUGUAUGCAGGUCAGCGUUCCAGUUUGCCUUUACUAGUAGCACUUAUAUGUAUAUACCUCUUCAAUGUUUUGUCUACUAAAAGAUGAAUUUCUCUGUAAUACAAUUGCUAUAUAUCAUACUGUGUUGUAAAUUGCUAAUUUGAAGGUACAAAAAAAAUAUUUUAAAUAAUAUUGUAAAAAAAUACGAUUUUGCAAAGUAUAAUACAGGUUGAGUAUCCCAUAUCCAAAUAUCCGAAAUACGUAAUAUUCCGAAAUACGGACUUUUUGAGUGAGAUAGUGAAACUUUUGUUUAUUUAUGGCUCAAUGUACACAAACUUUGUUUAACACACAGUUAUUAAAAAUAUUGUACUAAUUGACCUUCAGGCUGUGUGUAUAAGGUGUAUAUGAAACAUAAAUGAAUUGUGUGAAUGUAGAUACACUUUGUUUAAUGCACAAAGUUAUAAAAAAUAUUGGCUAAAAUGACCUUCAGGCUGUGUGUAUAAGGUGUAUAUGUAACAUAAAUGCAUUCUGUGCUUAGAUUUAGGUCCCAUCGCCAUGAUAUCUCAUUACGGUAUGCAAUUACAGGUUGAGUAUCCCAUAUUCAAAUAUUACGAAAUACGGAAUAUUCCGAAAUACAGAAUUUUUUGAGUGAGACUGAGAGAGUGAAACCUUUGUUUUCUGAUGGCUCAAUGUACUCAAACCUUGUUUAAUGCACAAAAUAAUUAAAAUGAUUGUAUUAAAUGACCUUCAGGCUGUGUGUAUAAGGUGUAUAUGAACCAUAAAUGCAUUCUGUGCUUAGACUUGGGUCCCAUCACCAUGAUAUCUCAUUAUGGAAUGCAAUUAUUCCAAAAUACGGAAUAAUCCGAUAUCCAAAAUUCCUCUGGUCCCAAGCAUUUUGGAUAUGGGAUACUCAACCUGUAUUCCAAAAUACGGAAAAAUCCGAUAUCCAAAAUACCUCUGGUCCCAAGCAUUUUGGAUAAGGGAUACUCAACCUGUAUAUGUGGGAUGUCUUAUCCAGAAAGGAGAACAUCGUUAGUUAUGGCAGCUGGUGUAGGGUUUUAUCCUUCCCACAGGUGCGAAUGCCAGACUCUUCUUCCAGCGGUUACUAGAAUUGAUAUGUGAAUUAGAGGCGUGGAGUAUGGUCAGAAGGGGAUCAUUUACAAGUGUGUGUGUUUCUGUACAUUUAAUGCGUAAUGCUCCAAACUACAGGGGAACCCUGAGACCCAAGUAUCUCUGGUAAUGGAUCCCAUACAAAGGGACUUAUGUAUAUACUAGCGGGCUGGGGCAGCAGUAUGAUUAAAGUGUAUAAAGCUCUCUCGCGCCUUUCCUCCGCCAUGCUCCCGUCCAUGCAUCAAGACACAGUGGAUUGAGGACAAGGUCUCAGGUCCCGGUGGCGGCAAGUCUGCGGUCCAGGCUGGCGCUUGAAUAUCUCUUGAGUCAUCCCUCUUUCUCUCCACCAAUGAGAAGGAAGCUGGUUUGACUGUGUCCUCAGCAGACGGUCAGUGCAGAGAUGAAUGCACUUAAGCGGAGCUGGCAACAGUCUGCACAGUUGUGAAUUUCAGAGCCGUGCAGGAAAACUGCUAAAUAAUAAUAGAACUUAAGUGGCUGUAUGUCUACACUGUGACCCACAUCACCUUGUAGGUGUUCUCUGUGAUCCUGGCCAUGGCUUCAGGGUCCCAGGGUGUGGAUCUGGCUGUCUCCUGGUCACCAUACGCAGUCACUGUCACAAUGUGCGGGGACUGACGGCUGCGAAGAGGGCUGGCAGGUGGGAGGAGCAAUCACCCGGACAGCAGAGGGGUGGGGGUGAGCUGGCUCCGGGCUGCUGGAGCCCAGUGCAGAGAAUACUAGUGUCACUGCUGCUGCAUUGCUGGAAGUACUGCGGUGCACUGCCUCACUUUGAAAAUAUAUAUAAUGUUUUUCUGAUAAAAUAAGUAACAAUAAUGAUAUUUUGUUCUUAUGUCCCCCCCCUCGUAUUUUGAACUGCUUUGGUUUAUGUUGAUUCAAAUGUUAAAAAUAAAAUUCUGCUCUUCAGCCAUCUUUCACAGCCAUCAUUAAGAUAGUCACUGACCUUUGCCCGGUCACCACUCUCUUUGCAGAACUAGUGAAAGGAAAGACAUAAUUAUUUGGCGUUUUUAUUUGUAUGUGUUAUCAUUUGCAGUUGCUUAACAUAAUUGCUUAUGGGGAAAUUUUCUUUUGUAAUGUUUCAUUUUGUGCGUUUUUUACUUUCAAAUAUCAGUGACUCUGUUGGCAGUCCAGCGCUUUUCUAGUUAGUUAAAAUAUUGCAGCAUAAUCUGUAAUGGGAUCUAUUUGCUCUUUCUGUGUUGAGAAGCCUUUCUAAAGUCGGGUAUGCAUUGAAUAUUCUAUUCCAUAGAGUUCAUCUGAUGCUAUAAAGCAGUGUUUCCCAGCUCCAGACCUCGGGGAAUGCUAUCAAUACGUGUUUUUACAGAUCUUACAAGUGAAAUAAUUAGCAACACCUGUGGAUCUUGUAAAAAGUGUCACCCAGUAAUUAAUACAGCAUUGCACAAACUCGGGGAUCUGUUAAAUAUGCACUGAGGACUUGAAUUGGGAAAUUCUGCUGUGGAGCAUACUGGAAAUAAUGGAAAAAUUACCCAAAGGUAAAAUCUAAAGUUCCUAAAAAAUAUCCAGUAAUACAUCAACUUUUAACUGAUAUCACGUGCUGCAGUAUUGGCGGCAGGAUCGAGCAGUUACUCCAAUCGCCCAGCAUUUGUGGUCUCUAAAUGACCAUCCUGCAUGAUAACAAUCCCGUCAAUUUCUACACAAAGGGUGUGUACACACGGUGAGAGAUUUUCUUUCGAUUUUGACUAUAUAGUCAAAAUCGCAAGAAAAGUUAGUGCAGAUCGCAAGGUGAAAGUCACCUUUCGAUCCCGAUGCGUGGUCCCGCCAGGUCGGCAUUGCAAGAAAAGAUAGACUGUGCAGGCAAGUCAAUCCUUGCUAGAUCGGUGUACGAUCUAGUUCAGGCAUGUCCAAACUGCGGCCCUCCAGCUG